AACGCAGAAAGGGAGAAGGGAAUGUUGUGUCUGCGAAGUUAGUUUGCUGAUGUUGAUUCUCAUUAUCGUUUAAAAGGAAGAAGUUCGGCGGCGGAUUGCCGAAGGAAGCGUGUCCUUCUAAACCGAGAUUAGAUCGUCCUCCUUGACUGAGCCGUCACUUCCUCCGAGAGCAGGAACUACUCAGCCAAGAUGGAUCCAGCUCUACUGAGGGAGAGGGAGCUGUUCAAGAAAAGAGCUCUCUCCACUCCGGCGGUAGAGAAGAGGCAGGUCCCCUCUGACUCCCACAAGAAGAAGAAGGCUAAACUGGAAAAGGAGAGCUCCUCUGGGUCCAAACAUGGUGCUGAGUCUAGCAAUGGCAACAUUAACAUCAAGACGAGCUCUGGGUACAAGUUUGGCUGCCUCGCCAAGAUAGUCAAUUACAUGAAGACGAGGCAUCAGAAUGGUGAUACACACUGCCUGACCCUGGAGGAGAUCCUGGACGAGACCAAGCUUCUCGACAUCAGCAUGAAACAGAAACAGUGGCUCAUGACUGAGGCUUUGGUCAACAACCCGAAAAUCUUCGUCCGGGAUGGGACGUACGGCUUCAAGCCAAAGUACAACCUGAAGGACAAGAAGGCCCUGCUGAGGCUGCUGGACAAACACGACCAGCUGGGCCUGGGAGGAGUGCUGCUGGACGACGUGGAGGAGGGGCUGCCCAACUCGGCCAAGGCCAUCAAGGCUUUGGGGGACCAGAUCAUCUUCGUGACGAGACCCGAUAAGAAGAAGAUCCUCUUCUACAACGACAAGCACUGCCAGUUUAGCGUCGACGAAGAAUUCCAAAAAUUGUGGAGAAGUGUUCCAGUUGAUUCCAUAGAUGAUGAGAAGAUUGACGAGUACCUGAAGAAACAAGGCAUCUCCUCCAUGCAAGAGACCGGACCAAAGAAAGUGUUACAAAUUAAGAGAAAGAAGCAAGGUGGGCAGAGGAAGAGACACUUCAAGACCCACAACAACCACUUGGCUGGCGUUCUGGAGGACUAUUCGGAGGGCGUUCCCGUUAAGAAGUGAAACCUCGUGCCCUCAUGAGAGGCGACAGAGGCCCCGUGCCCCGUGACAACACAGAGACUUUUUCAUGGCAGUCUAUGAGGCUUAUUCCCCCCCCCCUUUUCUUUGCACACCUGUGAGCAGUGGUUGUGUAUUACAUGAAGUAAACAGCAGCUGUGUUGUGGAAUCAUGUUUAGUUUGGUUAUUGAUCAGUAUCUGCAGGAUAAGAAAAGGUACAGAGACAUUUAACCAAACAGCACCAUCCUUACAGAGGGCCACUGUUCCUAUUCGGAUGAAGUUUCAUUUUGUUUAGUUAAUUGCAAAGAGAGGUGUGUUUGGAAGCUUUUAUUUUGAAGGACAGCCAUCCUCAUCUGACUGCAACCCCUUUUAAUAGGAGUAGCAUGAGAUGGGCGUGUGAUGUGCAUCACAUUGAGCUCCCUCAUCCAAGCAUGAACCAUCGUCCUUCUUGUGGGCUUUCAGAAGUAUUUGAAUAAAUUUUGCUUCGCAGCGCCAUGCAACGUAGCAGUUUACAAUAAUUAAACUUUUUGGAACAUUUUUUUAAUAAACGAGUUAAAAGAGA